CUUUUGAAAGCGCUGCGUGGCACACUAGGUUGGCAUAGCCUAAAAAGUUCCCGACUUGCUUCGUGUCCACGAUACAACGAAUCGUUCUUUUUGCGCUUACGGUGUGGUUACCCAUUGGAUGGCGAUCGCUUUUGCGACCGAGGUCGAUAGCGUCGUGUCGCACAAGCCGAUGACUUCUCUCGACAAUGCUACUGACGUCGAUGACUUGAGGGGCUGAAGACAUGUUACCUCGUAUUUCACAUUCCAUGGCGUUUUACGAUCCCGACAGGCACAUGACACCCUAGGACGAUAACACUUCCCCCCCCGGUCAUCAAUCUUCACACAUGCUUAGCCACAAGGCUGUUCUGUUGAAGGUAUCGCCAUGUCGAGAACAUACGCUACACCUGCCGCGGUGAUUGUCAUAAGUAUUUUAUUUCCUGUUCUCGGCAUCAUUGCAGUAUCUCUACGUUUCUACACGCGAGGGAAGGCGAAGAUUCGACCAUGGGUGGACGACUGGUUAACCGUACCAGCACUGUUCCUGGAAAUUGUUCUCGCGGGGCUUCUCAUCUGGGGUGCUGCGACACGUUCCUUGGGAGAUCUUCUUCCGCCGCCCAAUGUACCUGGUCCGGAUGGCUACCUAUUCUCGAUAUCUUACCAGCAGAUUCGACUUCAACAAAUCCAGUACUUCUUUGACUUCAUUGGUGUCUUCGCAUUUGGCUUGCUGAAGCUCAGUAUCCUCUUCUUCUACCGCAAAAUCUUUUGCACUAUGCAAAUAGACAAGACCUUGGAUAUCAUCAUCAUAUUCCUGAUCGUUUUGGUUAUUGUCUGGAUGUUGGCAUUCGGCAUCGGUGCGAUCUUCCUUUGCGGAGUUCAUCCCACGAACGCAUGGGCGCCUGUCGCGGUAGUCGCGGAGAAAUGCAGCGCUCAGCUGCCUCUCCUCGAGGGAUAUGCCAUCUCUGAUUUCAUUAUCGAUGUCAUAAUCUGGGCACUACCGCAUUUCAAGAUAUGGAGGCUGUACAUGGACAUCCGACGAAAGCUUGCCGUCGCAGCUGUCUUUUUUGUCGGUCUUCUUACAAUUGCAGCAUCGGCUGCACGAAUGGCGAUCUACAUCAAGUAUAUUGUGAAUGCAUUUGAGCAGUCUGACGGAGAGACACUCAUAACCUACCUCCUCUUCUGGUCCAUGAUCGAAUGUGGGCUCGGUGUGAUCGUGGUCUGCCUACCGACUUUACGCGCUCUUUUAGGCCCUCUGUCCCCAGGAUCCAUCGUCAGCGGAAUCAAGAGUGGCUUCGCCUUGCGGUCCCUACAAUCAUCUCCAGCCACCGAGCAGCAUACCAGCCGUCUCUACAGCCUCGACAAGUCGGUUAGGGCAUCGUCUCUCCCUUCGAAUAUUCCUAGUCACGAUGAGGGAUUGGUACAAACGUAUAUCGUCGGGGCCGACGACUGGCAGACGAGGGGCGCAUCGGGGUCUGGGAUUAAAGUGAAGAGGGAGAUAGAACAGUGUUGAACUAUGUCUGCCAGGCGCAGCAGUUCGCGAGGGUUAUAAUGUUGGUUCUGGAGAGCUGAAAAGAGUGCCACAGAUAUACACAUUUAACCUUUCUUGUACAUAGUAAUAUAAUAAUAUAGUAUAUAUAUUCCCACAUACAUAAAGCCUCUGAAGCUCUCCAGUUCGAUGACACUGGUGAGAGGUGCGAUGAACACAAA